GACUGCUGAUAUAUAUAAAGAAUAUUCAUCCCCUUGCAAUAACAUUCUUGCUUUACUUCCAUAUGACAUGAUAAGAAUAAUCAUUCUAUCAUACUUUAUUGUCAAUGGAAGCAUUGUAGUAUACCUUUUACAUUAUAGUUCAUGAUAUUACACCUGGUCUUUUUUGUCAGCUUGUGUUAUAAAUUAAUCAUCAUGUGAACAUCCAGUUCAAUUGAAAAUAUAAUUUUGCAAAUUAGAAGGUCACUGCUUUUGCCUAUAACAAAAUUUUGCAUAUCGAUGAUAUUUUAUUCAUCUGCUUAAUGCUUAUUUUAUUGCACAAAGAUGGUGCUAUAUCUUGACUUUGUAUGUAUAACGAAGCUUUUAUAUCGGAUUCCUAAUUCCUUUUAUGCCAAUAUGUAAAAUUUUCUAAUAGAAGCAUCUAUUCUUAUAUUCAAAUUGCACUAUAAAAAGACGAUCUUCAUUAGGAUAUUGAGCAUUAUUUCUUUCCAAGCAUAAAGUGACAUGUCCAGAAGUUUACAACCCACCAAUAGCAACCUAUUUUAGCUUUGUGGGAGUGAAAAUCUGUUAAGAAAGAUAUGAAUGUCCACUUGCAGUUAACUUAAUUAUUGCUAGUUUGCUUCCUCCUGGUUGCAGUAAAACAUGCAGUAUGUAUAAAAAAAUAAAUUAAUUGCCAAAUUGGUUACAAAAGUUUCACAAUGUUGUUUGUUUCUAUUUUGAGUGACAUUUUUAUGAUUUGAAAUAUUUAUUAAUGCUUCAGAUCUACGGUCUUACUACUUGAAAUUUUAAACAAUUUGAUGGGAAACAGUAUACAGUAGUAAGGAAUAAUCACGACUUUAUAUCAGUAAUCUUUAACAUCUUUAAACAACCUAACAUGACGUAAAAUGAGCGCACCAAUUAGCAAAAUCAAACAAAUUUGGGAGCUCCAGAAGUAUGUGCACCAAGAUGGCGCACAACCUGAACACGGUAUGUGUACCAGGUUAGGGUGCGUCAUGUUGGGUUAUUCAAAGAUGUUGAAAGAAAAAUGUUUCCCUCUCUUCUGAGCUGUUUCGUGCUCUUCUGUGGCAUUUCGUGCUCUAUUCAGUAAGUAGUAAGACCCUCAGAUCCAUAUUCAGACUGAUUUUCAUGGAUAUUGCACAAGGGAACUGACGAACAAGUACACAAAUCUUUAUUCUGGGACAAGGUUGCGAUUGCUGCAUCUCAAUACCUCAUCUAUUAUAGGUUUAUGUCCAGUAAUUAAUUUCAGAUAAUGUGAAUGGAUCUAUUUCAUGAAAAAAUGACUAAUGCCAAAAAUUAUAAUAUACCAAUUAUGAGGCCAAUAAGAUGAUAGAAGCUGCAUAGAAUUCGAAUUGAUAACCACUAUUCAAUUUAUCAGCUGUUAAAUGUAUUUUCAUACUUCUACCAUUUUAUUAUCGAAUGGCCAUAAUUCUAGAUUUGCCAAUGUAGCCUACUCUUUGCGUUCCCUUUCAAAUUAAACCAUAUAUCAAUGUUACCAUUGCUUGCAACUUAUUCUUGCUUGGCGCUGCCAUUCUCUUAUAUUAAUAUUGUAUGAUUUAUCAUAUGUUGUAGAUUGAUUAUUAUUUAUCGUAAAUAUGGCUGAUGUUGAAGGAAUGAUUCGUGCAAGACAAAUACAAGAUGAAGCUUUAGCAGAACUAGAUGCAAAGGUUAAAGCAUGCAAGGAAUCAAUGAAAAAUUAUGAACAUUUGUCUGUGAGAAUCACAACAUUGCCUGAUAAGUUAUCCCAUCCAGUCAUGGUUCCAUUUGGAAAACUUGCAUUUAUGCCUGGCAGAUUGGUACACACAAAUGAACUACUUGUACAUUUAGGAGAUGCAUGGUUCACAACUGUCUCAUGUAAAAAGGCUUUGGAAAUUGUUGAAAUGCGACAGAAUAAUUUGAAAGAUACUUUGAUUGAUUUAGAAAAAGUGACAACAAACAUAAAAAUGAAAAGUGAAUAUCUCGGUGAUAUUGCAAAAGCAGCUGAAGAGGAGUUUGAAAUUAAAGAGGAAUGUCCAGAGAACUAUGUCCAUCCCAAGGAUCGAAGAAGAGUGAGCAGGGUGAAAGAUGAAAAAUCAAAAUCAGAUUCACCUGAAGUCAAAAAUCAAGAUGAUAAAUUAAUAAAUGAGAAACAUGAAGCUCUUCUCAAAAGACUUGAUGAGCUUGAGUUAUUAGAGGAAGAAGAAGAUGGAAUAAAUAGUUCAGAGAGUGAUGAUGAAUAUAUUGACUCGGAUGAUAGUGAGUCUCCGAUAGAAGAAGAAAAUCAACAAAAAAUCAAAAAAGUUUCUUUUAAUGAUGAAUCAUGUAACAAACCUCAAUCAUGUACAAUACGAUUCCAGCACACUGCCAAGGCUCAUUCAUCAAACAGCAACCAUGAAUUAACACCAGGAGAUGUUCACAAGCUUAUUAAACAACCACAAUCAAAAUCUAUAUUAAAGAAGACUAAACACGAUGAAUCACCAAGCUCAAGUCAUGCAGUGCAAUUGGGAACAGCAGUUUCUGAUAUUGUGGUUGAAAGGGAAGUUAAAGUUCAUGAAGAAUUAAAGACAACUAUGCAGACGAGAAGUUCAACUAAGCCAGUUUCUAAGUUUAAAGCCGGCCGGAGAAAAUGAAUAUACAUGCUGAAUAAAAUUUGCUUGUUGUCUACCACAA